CCGUGCUAUAUUUUGGGUUCAUUCAUUUCAAUUCAUGUGAAUGUUAAAUAUGUUAAAAAAAGAAAAAGGUUAAAAUGUUUAAAAAAAAAAAGGUUUAAAAGCAAUUUCUAAACAUUAGUAAUAUUCUUAUGUUAAAUGCUUUUGUUGUGUACAAUUUUUGUAUUUUAUUUCUGUAUUUAAUAAUUGGCGAAUUAUUUUACUGAUUUCUAAUUGGUUAAUGAUACUGAUCCUUGCCCGGAUGUGUACUUGGAGGGAGAGAGAGAGUUCGACAGAGAGGGGUGAAGGAGACAGUCUGCACGAUCGUUCCUCCCAGUUAGCAUAUGCUAAGCCUAAACUUUUCCCAGCUACGGAAAGACAGCUGCAGUUAAGUGUUCAGCAAGGACAUUUAUAAAAGCAGUGGACUUUAGUUAUGUGCUGCGGGACAUUUUUUCUCUGUUUAUUCAAGACGUCGCAGCUUGGACAGUCGUGAAAACUGAUGUGACAUACGCGAGAGCACGCUAGGUUAUGAGACAGUGAAGUGAGCUGGCUACUACGUGGUGAGCUACACAACUGCUGAACUGUGUGACCGAGGAGGCGAGAAUCGUCUUGGACGCCGAAGGAGUUGAGGUUUUGUUUGGAAAAGACGACCGAGAUCGACUACACGGUGGGGACCGGGAGAUUCAGUGCUGCGGGAGUCCAUGCAGGAGACACGUGCGGAGCCACGAGCCGCGACAGGCCCAUGCUGUGAGCACAUGAACGCUCUACUCUUCGUUUCCAAACGCAACGAGUCAGGUAUCGAUUCAUUUUCUUUUGUUUGCUCAUUGAGUGAAGCGGCCAGUGUUUAGUUUUCAGGCCACAACGCACCCGAGCAACGUACAGGCCUGCAACGGGUAACUUUGUGGGACAUUUUAGUUAUUAUAAAGCCGGCAUAGCUUAGGUUUUGCUAAUGACUUUGGUGAUUUUGCAUAUUUUGUUUAUUUCUUUGCUUGUGUUUAUGGUUUGUUUUCAAAUGUAAGAUAUUUGAUUUAUAUUUUCAUAGUAAAAAGAAGAAAGACAUUUACUGUUUCAAUUCGUUAUUUUAUUAACAGAUUCUUCUUGGAAAAAAGGGUAUAUUACAAAACAUUUAUAAGGGAACUCAUAACAAAUCCGAUAAUAACGACUGCAGUUUUAUCACCUUUUAAUGAUAAGAACUCAGGGCGUCCCAUAUUUAGUUAAUUACAUGAUUUUUGGAUGUUUUGCCAGUAAAGUAGGCAAAGGGGCGCUACACAAAAUGGAGGCACCGCUGGGAUUGUUAUGAGAAUUUCUGAACCUGUUUCUUUGUUCUAGUGUAUUUCUGCGCAUUGUUAUUGACAUUUUGAACUUCUUACUUUUCAGACAUGACUGAUAGUACGACUGAUAGUAUGACUGAUAGUAAGUGGCAGGCAGAGUUUAGCGAGUGGUGUGACGCUGAAAUUAUUGAUGUCACUCAUGCUAUAUUAGUGGUAGGCGUGGGGAAAGAUCUCGAAGUGGCCAAAAUCGAGGAAGAGCUACAUUCAGUUCGAUGUUGGGGUCGUGUGAGAGUGAGAGGGACAAGGCACUAUAGUGAUGGCGAUGGCGUAUUGGUUCUCUGUGAAUGUAGAGAAGUCAUUGACCCGAGACUAGUUCCUCCUGAAGUUCGAUCCAGUGAUGGUGCUGUUUGGAAGAUCAUAACUCAUGGUCAACAGCCCACUACUCCUGCUCCUGCUGAAGACUUUUCAGUCAAGUUACAACGAUUUCUAUCGUCAGAGGGAAAGACCUUUGCUGAUAUUCAAAGCAUGUCUUCCACUGAUGAGUCAGUUUUGCGUGCCAUGGUCGAUGUGGUCAGCCGCACUACCAGAAGUCAAACUGAGAGCCAUGGAUACCGCCGAUUACGGAUUUUUUCUGGUAUUAUUCCCACACCAGCUGGAGAAGAAACUUUAGAAUAUUGGCUCGAACAGGCGACAUUGAUGGUCCAAGAGAGUGAACUCACUGAACAAGAGAAAAGGCGACGAAUACUAGAGGGAUUGAGAGGACCUGCUCUCGAAAUUGCCAAGUCACUACGCCUCAGUAAACCAGGAGCCACAACCCAAGAGUUUCUGGAUGCGAUGGACUGCGCAUUUGGUUCGGCUGAGUCUGCCGAAGAUCUGUAUUUUUCUUUCCGGCUCAUACAGCAGAAGUCUGGUGAGAAGCUGUCAGACUAUGUUCGCCGAAUUGAACCUUUUCUGGCCAAAGUGGUGAAGAAAGGAGGGGUUUCAGCUGAUGAAAGAGACAAAGUGCGCGUUGAACAGUUGCUUCGUGGUGCUAUUGACUCAGACUUGAUGUUGCUUCAGCUACGCCUGAAGGAGAGACGUAGUAAACCUCCCAACUUUCUUGACUUACUGUCUGAAAUCAGAACAGAAGAAGAAUACCAGCAAACACGAAAGAAGGUGAAUGCACGUAUUCAAAAUGUUGCUGCUAGUAAAGACUCAGUCGAUGAUGAUGUGGACAUAGAAGUGCUAAAGGCUGAUUUCAAAGCUUUGAAAACUCAAGUGUUUGAGAUGAGUAAAAGUUCGGCAAGUGAAGGAGCUAGUGCUCCUGCAGCUAUGCUAAGUCCGAGUCUUUCAGGCAAUGAUAAGUCAGAGGCCGCUGCUUUACGUAAGAAAGUUAAAAGAUUAAGCAAAAAGUUGAAGUCCAAAGAAGGACAUACAACUGAUCCUUCAGCUAUGGUAACCGCUAUCGGGACUAAGAGCCUAAGACAAGGUUCUAGACAAGUUCCAAGUCCUGGAGGUGGUGAGCGUUUCUGCUACAGAUGUGGAGAAGAUGGCCAUAUUGCCACUCGGUGUUCAUCUCCCGAGAAUGAAAAAAGAGUCAUAAAGAGACUCAUAGCUUCGCUUAACAAAGCAAAAGGCAAGCAGUUGAAUGAGAGCAAUACAAACAGUGAGACCAUCAGUUGUUUCUCUAAAAAACAGGAAGCAUGCACAAGCUCAAAUGCUCCGCUUCCUGAAGGUCUCAUUGGUCCACCAUCUACAGUGCAAGUGAGAGUGAAAGGUAACCCAUGUACAGCUAUAUUGGAUAGUGGGUCCCAAGUAACUAUCAUUUUCCAAGAAUUCUACGAGAAACACUUGUCAGAUAUACCCAUACAACCAGUGUCUGGUUUGGCCAUUUGGGGACUAAGUGAUACAAGCUAUCCUUACUCAGGAUACAUUGUAGUUGACAUGCAGUUUCCAAAGGAGCUAACUGGAAAGUCAGAGACAUUGUCAGUGUUGGCACUGAUUUGCCCUGGGCCUAACACACCAGAUCAGGUCCCAGUGAUUCUAGGCACAAAUGCUAAUUUGUUCCACAGACUUGCUGACUUGUGUGGUCAUCCAAAGAGUGAGGCUUUAGCCCGUGUUUUGAGAAUCAAUAACACUAGACAGACGAGGGAAUCGGUACUGCCCAGUACCAAUGACACGAAUCCUGAUGAUUCGGUGGGCUUAGUGAAGUACAUAGGUCCUAACGACUUGACACUUACCCCACAAGAGAGUCGCUGUAUACCAUGUCAACUGGAUCUAACUCAACCAGCAGUUAAAGGGAUGAUUGUGGUGGAGACGAGUGACACUGUAGCAUUACCUUAUGGAGUGAUGUUCCAGCCUGUAGUUGCUCCUGCUAGCGCCAUUGAUCCCAAUUGUUUCUCUCUGUUGAUUCAGAACGAGACUAAGAAGGAGAUUACAAUACCUCGAGGUACUCCGCUAGGUACAGUUCAGUCUGCUGAUUUGGCUAGUCCUAUUGUAAACAGCAAAAACACUGAUGAACUGGAUCCGAGUUUGAUAGACUUUGGGGAUUCGCCUAUUCCCAUUGAAUGGAAAGAGAGACUUAAGAGAAAACUCUGUUGUCGACGCAAUGUGUUCUCACUCCAUGAAUGGGAUGUUGGCUUAGCCAAAGGCGUUGAGCACAACAUUCGUCUAACUGAUUCCCGUCCAUUCCGUGAGAGAUCCCGACGUUUAGCGCCUGCAGACAUAGAGGACGUGCGUAAACACCUCCGAGAGCUGUUGGACGCUGGAGUGAUACAAGAGUCAAGGAGUCCGUACGCUUCGCCUAUUGUGGUAACACGAAAGAAGAAUGGCAACGUGCGUAUGUGCAUAGACUAUAGGACUCUGAAUAGCAAGACAAUACCAGACCAGUACACCACACCACGCAUCGAUGACGCAUUGGAUUGUUUAGCCGGAAGUCGAUGGUUCUCUGUCUUAGACCUUCGUAGUGGUUAUUACCAGAUCGCGAUGGCUGAACAAGACAAAGAUAAGACCGCGUUCAUUUGUCCUCUUGGCUUUUACCAGUUUGAGCGUAUGCCCCAAGGAGUGAUGGGAGCUCCGGCGACGUUUCAACGUCUAAUGGAGAAGGCCGUUGGAGACAUGAACUUGUUACAAGUCCUUGUUUAUCUUGAUGACUUGAUCGUGUUUGGUGCUACGUUGGAAGAACAUGAGGAGAGACUCAUGAAAGUUUUAGACCGUCUUGAGGAGGCAGGUCUAAAGGUGUCUUUGGACAAAUGCCAAUUCUGUCAACCCAGAGUCAAGUAUGUUGGACAUAUUGUCUCUGCUGAUGGGAUUGCGGCAGAUCCAGCUAAGGUUGAAGCUGUAACCCAGUGGCCACAACCUACUGACCUUAAGUCACUGAGGUCAUUCCUCGGCUUCUGUGGUUAUUAUCGCAGAUUUGUGGCGAACUACUCCUCAAUCGUUAAACCUUUGACAGACCUAACCAAAGGGUAUCCUCCAGUGAGGAAAGGCAAGAAGCCUACAGCCAUGAAAGAUCAUCAGUAUUUCAAGGAGGCUGAACCUUUCGGAUCACGAUGGACUGAUGCAUGUACAAAAGCUUUUCGCGACAUCAUCAGAUGCCUUACUAAUGCACCUGUGUUAGCGUUUGCAGAUCCUAACAAGCACUAUGUGUUGCACACCGAUGCUAGUCUCAAAGGUUUAGGAGCAGUCUUACACCAGGUUUAUCCUGAAGGUCUCCGUCCUGUUGCAUUCGCCAGCAGAGGAUUGACUGCCGCUGAGCAAAAGUAUCACAUCCACCAGCUUGAGUUUCUAGCACUCAAAUGGGCUGUGGUAGACAAAUUUCACGACUACCUAUAUGGUGUGAGAUUCACGGUGAUGACUGACAACAAUCCGCUCACCUAUGUGCUGACAACUGGGAAACUCAACGCAACAGGUCACAGAUGGCUUGCAGCCCUAGCCACGUAUGACUUCGAAGUCAAGUAUCACCCUGGAAAGGUGAACGUUGGCGCUGACUUACUCUCACGUAACUGGUCAGAUGUUGAAGCAGAACCUUGGAAGAAACUGUGCCAGGAUGAUGUAAAAACACUUUGCAGUCAAGUGUGUGCACAAGAUGUGUGUAUGGCUGAAAGACUGGGAAUUCCUGUAGAGGGUAUUCCUGAGCUCUAUUGUUUUGCAACUCAUCUGAAUGUUGGACAACUAGAACGGUUAACCCCUGAAGACUUGCAGAGGGCACAGCAUAGAGAUCCUGUCCUCAGAAUAGUAAGAGAGGCCUUGAACACAGGUCACUGGCCUUCUCAUGUUACUGAUACAGAUGUUUCUUUGUUGAAACGAGAGAGUACUAAACUGAAGAUUGAAGACGGAUUACUCUACCGAGUGAAACUCAAAGCUUCUGGUAGACGACAUCGCCAGUUGCUUUUACCCGAAGAGUUCAGACUACAAGUGUGUCAUGCAUUGCAUGAUGACAUGGGACAUUUGGGUGUAGAGAGGAUCGUAGAACUAAUGCGAGAAAGGUUCUACUGGCCAAAGAUGAGACACACGGUUGAGACGUACAUAGGCAACUGUGGGAAGUGUGUCAUGUGGAAGAGUCCAUGUCCACGAGCUGCUCCAUUACACCAGAUCACUUCUGCAGGACCUAUGGAACUUGUAUGUAUAGAUUUUCUUUCGCUGGAGCCAGACUCUAGUGGAGUUUCUAACAUUCUCGUGGUGACCGAUCAUUUCAGUCGCUAUGCGCAAGCAUACCCAACGAAAGAUCAACGAGCAGUCACUGUUGCCAAGGUGUUGGUCGAAAGGUUCUUCGUCCACUAUGGUCUUCCAGCUCGAAUUCAUUCGGACCAAGGGCGUGACUUCGAGAGCCGGUUGAUUCAGGAGCUUCUGAGAACCUUGGGAAUCCGUAAGUCACGGACGACACCCUAUCAUCCACAGGGCGACCCACAACCAGAGCGCUUUAACAGGACGCUGUUAUCUAUGCUGGGAACCUUGAGAGAUACUCACAAACGUCAGUGGAGUCGUCAUGUGAGUCAGUUAGUACAUGCGUACAACAGUACCAAGAAUGAUGCUACUGGGUUUUCACCCUACUACAUCAUGUUUGGCAGAGAGGCCAGAUUGCCUAUUGAUGUAUGUUUUGGUACUGAUGACCAAGAACCAGUUAGUCAUUCACGUUACGUGGAAGAUCUCAAAAGAGACUUAAAGAGUGCUUACGAGUUAGCUACCAAGUCUGCAACUCGAGUUCAUGUGAGAAACAAAAAGAACUAUGAGAGAGCUCUACGCAACCAAGCCUUAGUAAAGGGUGAUCGAGUGCUUCUGAAGAACUUGGGGUUGAAAGGGAAACAUAAGUUGCAGAGUAGGUGGAACUCUUUACCCUAUGUGAUCGUGGAAAAGCUCCCUGAUUUGCCUGUCUACAGGGUUAAGCCUGAAAGUGGGAUGGGGAAGCUGAGAACUAUUCACAGAAACAAUAUUUUGCCUAUUGGACAUUUGGUGAGGAUUUCUGAAGACUCAGAUGUUCAACCGCAAGCCACAAGGCCUGUGACUAGAAGUCAUAGGAAGUCAGGGACACGUCAACCACAUGGUGUGAGGUCUCGAGAUAAGGAAUGUUAUUUGCUGGAAGAGGAGUCUAGUGCUUCUGAGUCUGAAUAUCAGCCUAUAUUCAGAUGGAGGUCCGAAUCUGAGGAUUUUGAAGACCCUGUCGCAGAAAGAGAUUGUGGACGUGAUGUACAGAACACUGCUGAGCAGGACAGUGCAUCAGAACAUGCUGAAGAGACUGAACAUGAUGUGUUGUCAGAACCCAUUACAGGCUCUAGCGAUGGUGACAUUGAUGCUGCCGAUGAGGUAGUGCCGUUAACUGAACUUACAGAUAAUGCAGAGUUGACUGAGGAAGUCAGACCUCAGAGACAUUCCCUUAGAGGUGAAAAGAGGACUAUUAAGCCUGUUGUCAGACUGACUUAUGAUGAGGUAGGGAAGUCUAGAGACCAGCCUUUGACUAUAGUACAUAGGGGUGUAGUCAUAAAGAUUGGUUAAGGGAAUUUUUGUUUCAUUUUCCUGUGUUAUAGGAAUUGUGUUUUUAUUCAUGUUCAUGGGAAUUGGGUUUCAUAGGGACAUGUAAACCAUUUGAGUGGGGGAGAGUGUAGCCCGUGCUAUAUUUUGGGUUCAUUCAUUUCAAUUCAUGUGAAUGUUAAAUAUGUUAAAAAAAGAAAAAUGUUUUAAAAAAAAAAGGUUUAAAAGCAAUUUCUAAACAUUAGUAAUAUUCUUAUGUUAAAUGCUUUUGUUGUGUACAAUUUUUGUAUUUUAUUUCUGUAUUUAAUAAUUGGCGAAUUAUUUUACUGAUUUCUAAUUGGUUAAUGAUACUGAUCCUUGCCCGGAUGUGUACUUGGAGAGAGAGAGAGAGUUCGACAGAGAGGGGUGAAGGAGACAGUCUGCACGAUCGUUCCUCCCAGUUAGCAUAUGCUAAGCCUAAACUUUUCCCAGCUACGGAAAGACAGCUGCAGUUAAGUGUUCAGCAAGGACAUUUAUAAAAGCAGUGGACUUUAGUUAUGUGCUGCGGGACAUUUUUUCUCUGUUUAUUCAAGACGUCGCAGCUUGGACAGUCGUGAAAACUGAUGUGACAUACGCGAGAGCACGCUAGGUUAUGAGACAGUGAAGUGAGCUGGCUACUACGUGGUGAGCUACACAACUGCUGAACUGUGUGACCGAGGAGGCGAGAAUCGUCUUGGACGCCGAAGGAGUUGAGGUUUUGUUUGGAAAAGACGACCGAGAUCGACUACACGGUGGGGACCGGGAGAUUCAGUGCUGCGGGAGUCCAUGCAGGAGACACGUGCGGAGCCACGAGCCGCGACAGGCCCAUGCUGUGAGCACAUGAACGCUCUACUCUUCGUUUCCAAACGCAACGAGUCAGGUAUCGAUUCAUUUUCUUUUGUUUGCUCAUUGAGUGAAGCGGCCAGUGUUUAGUUUUCAGGCCACAACGCACCCGAGCAACGUACAGGCCUGCAACGGGUAACUUUGUGGGACAUUUUAGUUAUUAUAAAGCCGGCAUAGCUUAGGUUUUGCUAAUGACUUUGGUGAUUUUGCAUAUUUUGUUUAUUUCUUUGCUUGUGUUUAUGGUUCUUUUUCAAAUGUAAGAUAUUUGAUUUAUAUUUUCAUAGUAAAAAGAAGAAAGACAUUUACUGUUUCAAUUCAUUAUUUUAUUAACAGAUUCUUCUUGGAAAAAAGGGCAUAUUACAAAACAUUUAUAAGGGAACUCAUAACAAAUCCGAUAAUAACGACUGCAGUUUUAUCACCUUUUAAUGAUAAGAACUCAGGGCGUCCCAUAUUUAGUUAAUUACAUGAUUUUUGGAUGUUUUGCCAGUAAAGUAGGCAAAGGGGCGCUA